AUGUCUGGAGCCUACGACGAGUCCGCCAGCCAGGAGGACACCACAGACAGUUUCUGGGAGGUCGGGAACUACAAACGUACAGUGAAGCGGAUUGAUGAUGGUCACAGGCUCUGUAGUGACCUGAUGAACUGCAUCCAGGAGCGUGCCAAAAUCGAGAAAGCCUACUCACAGCAACUGACCGAAUGGUCCAAGAGAUGGAGACAGCUUGUAGACAAAGGUCCUCAGUACGGCACAGUAGAGCGAGCUUGGUUUGGUGUGAUGACGGAGGCGGAGAAGGUGAGCGAGCUUCACCAAGAUGUUAAAAACAGCCUGAUGAACGUUGACUUUGAGAAGGUGAAGAACUGGCAGAAAGACUCGUACCACAAACAGAUGAUGGGAGGAUUCAAGGAAACCAAAGAGGCGGAGGAGGGCUUCAAGAAGGCCCAGAAACCUUGGGCUAAAAAAUUAAAAGAGCUCGAGGUUGCCAAGAAGGCCUACCACAUGGCCUGCAAAGAGGAGAUGCUGGCAUCCAACAGAGAGGCAAACAGCAGGGUAGAAACCUCUAUGACAGCUGACCAGCAGAAGAAACUCCAUGAGAAACUGGACAAGUGCAAACAGGACUCACAGAAGGCUAAAGAGAAGUAUGAGAAGGCUGUGGAAGAGCUGAGUAAGUGCACCCCACAGUACAUGGAAAACAUGGAGCAGGUGUUUGACCAGUGCCAGCAGUUUGAAGAGAAGAGGCUGAGCUUCCUCAGGGAGGUGCUGUUAGAUGUCAAACGCCACAUCAACCUCACAGAGAACCAAAGUUAUGCUACAGUAUACAGAGACCUUGAACACACCAUCACGACAGCCAGCCCGGAUGAAGAUCUGAAGUUGUUCAGCAACAUUCACGGCCCCGGCAUGCACAUGAACUGGCCACAGUUUGAGGAAUACAACCCGGACCUUACCCAUAGCAUCUCUAAGAAAGAAAAGUCAAAGAAAAGCACUGAUGGAGUCAUGCUGACUCACGUCACGACAGCAGUCGAGCACGCUCAAUCUGGAGACCGGGGAAGCGUGAGCAGCUACGAGAAGAACCAGGCUUACACGGCCUCCACAGAGUGGUCGGACGAGGACCAGACGGCCCCGAACUCAGGCAACGACACCAACGGAGGGGUGAACCCCUUCGAUGAAGAUGCGGUCACAGGUGUGAGAGUGAGAGCACUGUACGACUACGAUGGCCAGGAACAGGACGAGCUCACCUUCAGAGCAGGUGAUGAGCUGACGAAGCUGGAAGACGAGGAUGAACAGGGCUGGUGUAAAGGUCGCCUAGACAACGGCCAGCUGGGUCUUUACCCAGCCAAUUACGUGGAGCCGGUCUAAUUAUUCUAGCUGAGGACGCUCGUCUCGUCAUAGGGCAAACCCAGACUGA